AUGGGCUCCUUCUCCCCCGAGCCGCCCAAGCCAUGGGUCGAGACGCCCCUCAUCUUCUCGCCGCCUGUCUCGCGAGCGGCAGGGUGCAAUAUCUUCCUCAAGCUCGAGAACACCCAACCAUCCGGCUCCUUCAAGUCUCGCGGAAUCGGCAACAUGAUGCUCACGGCCUCCUCCACCACCCUCCCCGACGAACAACUGCACUUCUACUGCUCCUCCGGCGGCAACGCAGGGCUAGCCUGCGCCACAACCGCCAUCACCCUCAACCGGCCCGCCACCAUCGUGGUGCCGACCUCCACCUCGGAGUUCAUGGUCACCAAGCUGCGCGAGCUGGGCGUCGAGGUCAUCCAGACGGGCGCCAGCUGGGCCCGAGGCCGACGCCUUCCUGCGCGAGUCCCUCCUCACCCCCGCAGGACGGCAUGCGCAAGGGUCUACGUGCCCCCCCUUCGACCACCCGGACAUCUGGGCCGGCGCCGCCACCCUCGUCGACGAGAUCGCCCUGGACUUUUGGCCCUGUCGGCGGCCGCUUCUUCCGGCCGCGGCGGACUGGAUGCCGUGCGGCUUGGCGGUGGUGGUGGUGGUCGCACCACCCGGGUGCUCGCGAUGGAGACGGUUGGGGCCGAGAGCCUGUACGCCAGCGUGCAGGCCGGCGAGAUGGUCACGCUGCCGGGGAUCACGUCCAUCGCGACGAGCCUGGGCGCCCGCCGCGUGUCGGAGAAGACGUGGGAGUGGUUCCAGAAGGUCGGCCCGGAGGGCAUGGUCUGCUCGACCGUCACGGACAAGGAGGCUGCGCUGGCGUGCGUGCGUUUUCUGGACGACGCGCGCAUCCUCAUCGAGGUGGCCUGCGGCGCGACAAUUGCGACGGCAUAUAAUGGGGAGCUGAGGCGGCAGCUGGGUAAGGGGUUGACGGAUGAGGAGUGGGCGAGCAGGAAUGUGGUGCUGGUGGUCUGCGGGGGGUCCCACACCAGCGCGGAGAUCCUCGCUAAGUAUAAGGCGACGUAUGGGAUGGAGUAA